UUCCAACCCGAGGAUGUAAAGAUGCCGCCAGAUGGGCGAUUCUUUUACCGACGAAUUCGUCACACUCAAAGACGAGCACUGUGCAGCAGUGUUUUUGUUCCCCAGGAUCUUUUCUAGAAGAACAUGUGGACCCAGGACUAUGACUGUGCAACACUAAAUCACUGCAGGAACAAACAGGAAUGAAAUAAGUCAUGUCACCAAACCAGUUUUCGUGCAGUUGGAACCGGUUGAAUUUUGACGACAGCGCUUUUUAACCUGUAACGUCCGAAUACGAGUUUACGCCUCGGACUCCUGCACUCAGAAAUCUGUCAUCUGGAUUUCAUGACUGAAUAUAUUUUUCCAUCAAAAUACUGAACUCUUUUACAUCGAAUAAAGGACACAGAGGACCACGUUGUGGAUCUGUAACUGAACUUGAUUGUGUCCAUGGUUUACAUCGGUGGUAAGGGCUGUUAGGCUGACCUCUGACCUCUGACCUCUGAUUAGUGGUUUGUAUCAGCUGCCAUAUUUCACACGGAGUAAUCAGGAACUUGUUUCUUUGUCAGAACGCUCCAGAAUCCUGCAGGAGUUAGUCAGCUACAGCGAUGGUGUGUUCACUGGCAGUAUCUGUGAUGCACUUACGGACACUGUGGGACGUCGUGACGGUGCGUUUACGGACUCGGAUCACCUGAUAGGUCUUGUAGACGGAGGACGGUGAGGACGUUGGACUUUGCUCACUGGAUGAGAGUGUGUAGAUGCUGGUUUUCUACCCAACGUAGUCUCAGUUUCAGUCUGGAGACGUUAACAAACUCUCCAGUCUUUUCUUCUUUUUGUUUCAGGACUUUGAUGAUGAACGUUAUCAUCAAACGUCUCUCACGGUGUUUUAUGUUCAGAAUUCACGUUGGAUUCACUUUAAAGGAGCAUCCCGCUGUUUUCGUAUGUUUUGACCCGUUUACUACAAAUCGUGUAUGCAAAGCAUCGCUGCGAAUGAAGUGGUUUACAUUUUUGAGUGUGGGUUAGUUCCUUCCAGACGUCCCUCGAUGUCAGUUCAUUUCUAGAAAAAUCAACUUGCAUAGUUGUAAACUUGCAGCCAGACUGAUAUUAUCUAAUGAGAGACUUAUCAAAAAAGACUUCCAGCUGUUCGUAAUCACUUCUCUCUGCUCAGAAACCCCAAGGUAGUGAGAACACAUUUAAAGAAAAGUCCUAAUGUUAUGAGAAUGGAGUCAUUUUAAGAAAGGUUUUUAUUAUUUCGAGAUAAAGCUGCUAAUUUUAUGAGGAAGAAGUCAUAUUGCUGGGAAAACGGUUUUAAUUUUACGAGAAAAAGUCGUAAUUUGAUAUAAAACUGUAACUUUGAGGGAAAAAUCCUGACAUGAGCUGUUUACUGUAAAAAUUGGCCAUAAUAGAAACGUUAAAAAACUUGUCAUCAGCCUACACUGACACAGAAAAACGUCUAUGCAAGUUGAGUUUUUUGAAAUGUGAUAAAAAUAACUGGAACAACUGGUUGACUGGAAGAUGGAAAGACACUGUCUAAAAUCUGAAUGUGUGUGUGUGUGUGUGUGUGUGUGUGUGUGUGAGAGAGAGUCGGAGAAAAUGGGCGAAAACAUGCAAAAAACACAGACGUAGUCCUGUAGGAAAGUGAAAACGAUCCAAAGCUGACGGAACUGAUAAUCACAUGACAGCCGAUCAGCUGAGUUUACGGGAGGACGUCGUCCCAGACAGAUCGAUACAAACAUACGAAGGAGUCGACAGGGAAACUUUAUUUUCUCAGCGUUUGGGAUGGAACUGCUGUCGCAUCUGAACGACCGAUCGGCCCCCACGGAGCUGCCCCCCCUCAUUGGUCGGUUCGGCGGAUCGGCGGGUGGAGGUCCGAGGCAAUAACGGAGCGACGGUCAACUUCUCGCAUCAACGAAGCACUUUUGCCAAACCUCAGGGCUCAGAGACACAGAGAGCCUCCCGAGCCGACAUGGAGCGAACCUUCAUCGCUGUGAAGCCCGACGGCGUCCAGAGAGGACUGUGUGGGGAGAUCAUCAAGCGCUUCGAGCAGAGAGGCUUCCGGCUGGUCGCCGCCAAAUUCUUGCAGGCCUCUGAGGACCACAUGAAGAAGCACUACCUGGACCUGAAGGACAAGCCUUUCUACAAUGGACUCUGCAAAUACAUGUCCACCGGACCCAUCCUCGCCAUGGUGUGGGAGGGUCAGAACAUUGUGAAGCUGGGCAGGGUGAUGCUGGGCGAGACCAACCCCGCCGACUCCAAGCCCGGCAGCAUCCGCGGAGACCUGUGCAUCGACAUCGGCAGGAACAUCAUCCACGGCAGCGACACCCUGGAGAACGCCAAGGCCGAGAUCGACCUGUGGUUCAAGGCCGAGGAGUUGGUCUCCUACACCCCCUGCGCCCAGCCCUGGCUCUACGAGUAAACCGGCCAAUCACCAACCGGGAAACUAGACCCAACUGGACCUCACCCCCCCCCCACGGUCGAUCCUCUGACUUGGUUUUCACUGAUCGAUCCAAAAC